AUGUCUUCCAUUGACCCCUACCAGUACAUUAUUGUGGAGCAGCAGUUCUCUCACAAGUUCAGAGUGACAGUGGUGCGCGCUAAGAAUGUCACUAAGGGAGCACUGGGUGACCUGUUCGACACUCCUGACCCCUAUGUGGAGCUGUUCAUUCCCACCACCCCUGAGAGCAGGAAACGAACGAGGCACAUAGACAACGACAUCCACCCAGAAUGGAAUGAGACCUUUGACUUCAUACUGGACCCAAACCAGGAUAAUGUUCUAGAGAUAACAUUAAUGGACGCCAAUUACGUGAUGGACGAGAAGCUUGGGACUGCGUCGUACAACAUCUCCAAGAUGUUGAAAACUGGCCACACAGAGACAGUGCCUUUCCUCAUCGGCAAAGCAACCAAUGUGUACUUAGAGAUGGCCCUGGAGGUCUGUACGAACCUGGACCUGCGGUUCAGCCUGACCCUGUGUGACAAGGAGAAACUAUUCAGACAGGCCCGCAGAGAGAGGGUGAUGCUGGGCAUCAAGAAGCUGCUGGACAUGGAAAAGCCCCGCUUCCUCCCCAGCACUCCUCGGGAGGUGCCGGUGAUCGCCAUAGUGGGUUCAGGGGGAGGCUUCAGGGCCAUGGUGGGCUUCUCUGGGGUUAUGAAGGGCCUGUAUGAGUCUGGGGUCCUGGACUGUGCCACCUACAUUGCUGGCCUCUCUGGAUCCACCUGGUACAUGUCGACCCUGUUCUCUCACCCAGAGUUCCCCUCGAAGGGUCCUAAGGAGAUCAACGCGGAGCUGAUGAAGAGAGUGAGCAGUAACCCUCUGAGACUGCUGCUGCCCCAGCACAUCACCAACUACAUCCAGUCUCUGUGGAGCAAGAAGGCCAACGGACAGCCCGUCACCUUCACUGACAUCUUCGGCAUGCUCAUCGGAGAGACACUCAUCCCCGCGAGGAUGGACACAAAGCUGAGUGAGUUGCAGGAGAAGGUGAACGAGGGCCAGUGUCCUCUCCCUCUGUUCACCUGUCUGCACGUCAAACCAGACGUGUCCGAGCUCAUGUUCGCAGACUGGGUGGAGUUCAGCCCGUAUGAGAUUGGAAUGGCAAAGUACGGAACGUUCAUGACCCCUGAUCUUUUUGGAAGCAAGUUCUUCAUGGGAAUCACUGUGAAGCAGUAUGAAGAGAACCCACUACAUUACCUUAUGGGGGUUUGGGGGAGUGCCUUCUCCAUCCUCUUCAACAGAGUGCUGGGUGUCAAAGACACUGUCGGGGGGAGCACCAUGGAGGAAGAGCUCGAACAGUUAAAGCCUCAACACAUUGUGGGGGAGGACAGUCUAGAUGAUGACGAGAGGCCUUGGAAAGGAGGCAAGGAGAACCCAGAGGCGGAAGAUGAGUACGGCACCGCCCAGAACAGCUGGGUCCAGCGAAUGAUCACCUCCCUCUUCAGCGGCGACUCCUUGUUCAACACGCGAGAGGGGCGGGCGGGGAAGGUCCAUAACUUCAUGCUAGGCCUCAACCUCAACACCAACAUGCCCUUCUCUACCUUCGGAGACUUUAUGUACCAGAACUCCUGCGCCUCCUUCGAGGAUGAGGUUGACGCUGUCACAGACCCAGAUGAGUUUGCUGGUAUCUACGAGCCACUGGACGUGAAGAGUAAAAAGAUCCACGUAGUGGACAGUGGUCUGACCUAUAACCUCCCGUACCCCCUCAUCCUGCGCCCGCAGCGUGGCGUCGACCUCAUCAUCUCCUUUGACUUCUCAGCCCGCCCCAGUGACUCCAGCCCACCCUUCAAGGAGCUGCUGCUGGCUGAGAAGUGGGCCCGGAUGAACAAGCUGCCAUUCCCUAAGAUUGACCCCAAAGUGUUUGACCGCGAGGGCCUGAAAGAGUGCUACAUCUUCAAGCCAAUAAAGGGGGAACGGAACUGCCCCACUGUCAUCCAUUUUGUCUUGGUCAACAUCAACUUCAGGAAGUUCAAAGCCCCUGGAGUGCCUCGUGAGACAGAACAGGAGAAGAAGAUGGCUGACUUUGACAUCUUUGAUGACCCCGAGACGCCGUACUCCACGUUUAACUUCCAGUACUCGAACCAGGCCUUCACACAACUCCACGACCUCAUGGAGUUCAAUACGCUCAACAACAUCGAGGUGAUAAAAGAGGCAAUUAAGGAGAGCAUUAUGUACAGGAAGGAGAAUCCCUCACGCUGCUCUGUGUCCCUCUCACUCAACGAGAUCCAGAACAAAAUGUUCCUGAAGCGGGAGAUGCGGGAGAAAGCCCGGAAGUGAGAGCCAGAAUGCUGGCAGAAGCAACGUCAAGCUAUCAGACAAGACUUUGCGAAUUGACAUACAGUACCAGUCAAAAGUUAUUUCAAUUUUUUUUUU